AUGGUCGCUGCUCCAACAGCCAGACUUGACUCUGAUUCUAUCAGCUCAGCUCCAGCACCUGCUGUUGCUCCUGAUUCUAUCACCGAAGAUAUUAUGAUUGAUAUUUCAACAACUCUACCAUCAAAUGAAGUAGAAGAGCAAAUUAAAGAAAAGUCACAAGAAGAGGAUUUUGCCAUGGAUCAAGAUGGACUACCCAAGUUCGCCGCUGUUUCCAAUAAGAUGCAGAAAAUCAAGAAAGAAACAAGAUCCAUAGCUAUUCCACCACACAGAUUUAGUCCACUAAGAACCAGCUGGAACAAAAUCUAUCUACCAUUAGUGGAUCAUCUGAAAUUACAAGUUAAGAUGGAUAUUAAAAACCGAAAGGUGCUUAUCAGAACAUGUAAGAGCACAGUUGAUCCUGGUGCUAUCCAAAAGGGUGCCGAUUUUCUUCGAGCAUUCACACUCGGCUUUGAUAUUGACGAUGCCGUUGCACUGCUCAGAUUAGAUGAUUUAUAUAUUGAGACUUUCGAAGUUAAGGAUGUCAAGACUCUUUCAGGAGACCAUCUCAGUAGAGCUAUUGGUCGUAUUGCUGGUAAGGAUGGUAAGACCAAGUUUGCCAUCGAAAACGCAUCACGAACCCGUGUGGUACUUGCAGAUAGCAAGAUUCACAUUCUCGGUGGUUUCACCAACAUUAAGAUUGCCAGAGAGACUAUUGUCAGUUUGAUCCUCGGUGCUCCUCCAGGCAAGGUUUACGGCAACCUGCGUAUUAUUUCGUCUCGUAUGAAGGAGAGAUAUUAG